AUGCACGGUCAAUACAUCGGUCCUGCGUCAGGGGUAUCUUUCCUUUUGAGGAUUCAAAAACGUCUCCGACAAGCGAUCUCAAUUUCGAAGGCUAGCAGCAUAUUUACAUUCGGCGAUGCACCUCUACAGGUUCCAGAAUCCGAUCCAUCCUUCUGUAUGAUGCUACCGAGAGCGGACGCUCAACGCCUUGUGGAUCGUUAUUUUGAUUUUGCAAUGCCUACUUAUCGAUUUUUGCACAGGCCUACUCUCCAGUCAUAUUUUGAUGAGUUCUAUGACACACUAGGUAUAAUGGAAGAUACGCAGAACACAUCCGCCAAGAUCGCCUUGCUCUUCAUGGUCUUCGCCCAGGCAAGAGUAUAUAUGCCAGACAACGACCGACCCGGUCCAUCUGAUUUAAGAAAUCGGCCACCCGAUACUUCCAGUGGACUGGGUCGUAUCGAAUCAGAGUGUCGUCGGCGAACCUUUUGGUGCGCCUACACACUAGACGCCUACCUUAGUGCGGCACUAGGAAGACCUCGCACAUUUCAUGAUAACGACAUUGACAGCGAUCUCCCAGCAUGUGUCGAAGACGAUGAUCUGACGAAAGAGGACGACUAUAAUCUUUCAACUCCGGCCAGGGGUUCAUCGACCAUGCUGGCCGCAAUUGCACAUAUGAAACUUGCGCAGAUUACUAGCAGGAUAUUGACCAGCCUUUAUUCAGUCAAACCUGUGCCGGCCUCGGACCGAGCAAUUGCUGUCGAACAGAUCUCAAAAGACCUUCAUCAAUGGCGCUCCGAGCUGAGCCGCUUCCUAGACGUUGACAUUUAUAGCACUUCCUUUCUAAUAUCUAUCUUCCAGCGACAGAGAAAUGUUCUCAAUCUAACUUAUUGGCACGCAAUUAUCCUCACUCACAGACCGUUUGUAUUGAGUACCCUCGCGCGACUGUCGCAAAACGGCAGAGACAACGCCAUACAGGAGGACGCGCAGACGGAGAAAAACCUGAAAGAGUGCAUCGACGCUGCAAUGAAUACAGUCAAUACAAUCAGUGAAAUUACAGAGAGCCGACAACUCUUCCGAGCAUUUUGGGUCUGUCUCCACUGGCGGUCCUUUUACAGUGCUCGGCUGACUGAAACUCAGAUUACGGCCUAUUUCGCUUUCAAUGCGACGAUUAUGCUGUAUAUUCAUGUGAUACAACAAUGCACAUCACCAUCGGAGACUUUUAUCAAAUACUUCGCGGCCGCCUCUCGCUGCCAAUCUCAUAUUGCGGCUAUUGCUGAGAAGGGAUCACUAUCGGAGCGCUAUUGCCUAGUACUCGAGGAGCUGCGUGUCGAAGCCUUGCGUCAAGUGAAGCAUGCGCACCCAAAUGAAACAUUCGACUCUUCAAUAGAUGGGCGUGGGACCGGGGACUUUUUUCAGAAUCAAUUUCAUUCAACGGAGCAAAGCCCCACUGCUUCAUUUGAUGUUACAGGGUUUGACCAAGAUCUAGUAAUGGAUCUCGAUGGUAAUCUUCCUAACUAUCUAUCCCCUAGUUACUCAGGGUGGGAGCAGUUCACCUCUUUGCUAUCAUCUGGGCUGGGGAAUAUGGACGGUUUUAUCAGCUACGAUCAAUGA